GCGACGUUCUCCCUAUGAGGGAUUGGCUGAUACGUUUUGCUUUAAAUAUAUAUAUAUAUAUAUAUAUAUAUAUAUAUAUAUAUAUACAUAUACAGUAACUGAAAUAUAGUCCUCAUCUUUUUUGGAGUAAUAUUCAGCUUUUUCCGCCCCCAUUUAAAAAGAAAUAAUAUUUAUUCCAUAUAACUUGGUUGAAAACAUCGCACCUGCCCCCGCGGAGAACUCAUCCGUCCAUUGAAUUGCACACCCUGCUCGGACUGCGCUGCGCAGGACGCUUCGCUCCCCUGCAGAACCGCGCCAUGGAAUACGAGACAACGUGUGCCGCUUUUUCCAUUCACACCUGAGUUUAUUUUUUUCCCCUUUCUUUUUUUGUGUGGAUUAAUUGCGCGUUUAAUCGUGAACAACUUUAGAGAAAAAGCCUUUAGAUAAGUUAUUUCAGUCACUCCAACUACAAUCGGGGACUCCGUUGAAACAAAAAGCUUGGAUUUUGGUUGAAGAGCUGUCUGUGGGGAGGCAGAAUGGCCCCAUCCGUCUGCUUUCAGUUGGCCGUCAUCAUCAUCUUAUGUGCCGCAUCCGCGAAUGGACUUUCGGAGAGUAUGAACUUGCCACCAGCUACAAUGCAACACUCUGGAAAUCCACACAUUCAUCACAGUGGGGGCUCGCUUAACCUAACCUGCAGAGGCUCUGCCCAAUUACACUGGAGCCUUCCCUGGCGCAAAACCUUGUCAGAGGGGGUAAAGGUGGAGGAAUGUGAGCCUGGGGUCCACUCUUAUUGUAGCAGGUUAACCGUACAACACCUGAUUGCCAAUGACACAGGAAGUUACACCUGUGGAUACUCCCGGGAUGCCGGAGACCACAUCAGCACUGUAUACGUCUAUGUCAAAGACCCCCUGCACCCUUUUGUGGAACUCCAUCACACUCCUCCUCGUUUCCUGGGCAUAUACAGGCGUGACACCUCCCUGUUGGUCCCCUGUAGGACCACCUCUCCUGAAACAGUUGUAACACUAACAGGGCAACCUCCCUUUUCAGAAGAGGUUAGUAAGAAGAUGACGUGGGACUCCAUGAAAGGUUUCACAAUUCCUUAUGGUAACUACACUAUGUACUACCUCCUCACCUGCUCCACUGUGGUCAACGGCAACGUGAUUGAGUCCAAAUACAUCCCUUUGAGGCAGACCAAUGUCCUAAAGAAUUUGAAGAUCACCCCAGAUCACGUCAGGCUCUUGGUGGGAAACACUUUAACCCUCAACUGUUCGGGUGAAACUACAUAUAAUGGAAGGAUUAACUUCACCUGGGAGUUUCCAAAGAGGGCUGAGAAUCGCAGUCGUUUCUUUUUAAAGACCAAGAAUAGCCCAGCUAUGGUUACUGUGAUGAGCAAGUCGCUAGUGAUCCCCAACAUCUCCAUGGAGGAUAGGGGCACCUACCAUUGUACCGGUGAAAUCGAACUCCAGAAACAAAUGCAUGCGUCAGCCAAAGUCCUGGUCUUUGAGCACCCGUUUCUCAAUGUUUCCUAUAAGAAUGAACGGUCUCGGCUGGUGACUGUCAAUGAGGGUAAGAAGAGAGUAGUGUUUGAACCCAAAAUCAACGCUGUGCCACCAGCAGACACAAUGACAUGGUAUAAGGAUGGAGUACCCAUUAGGGAAAACUCCAGCUGUUACAUGGUGUCUGGCUUCAACUUGAUCAUCACACAUGUGCAGCAGACACAUGCAGGAGUCUUUACCGUAUCUUUGGGCAACCAGAGGAAGGAGCUGCACAAGAAUCUUAGCUACACUUUGGUAGUCCAGGUGAAGCCAACUAUUUUAGAGGAGGAGCUUGCAACUGUGGACGUGCAACCCUACAUGUUUGGCAAGCAGCAAAAGUUAACUUGCAGAGCCAGUGGGAUACCCUUGCCAAGGGUCACCUGGCUCUGGCAACCGUGCCGCUCAGACCCCACACUUGCCGAGUGCAUCGUUUACAGUGAGCCAAUCCCAGUCCAGACUGACGACAGGGGCAAAUAUUCACACAACUUGAUUGCGGGCAUAGACAACAAGACUGAAAUGGUCAAAGGAAAGAACAAGACUGUGAGUGUCCUGACGAUAACAGCGGCCAAUGUGUCAGGGUUCUAUCACUGUCUGGCCCAAAAUCAGCUAGGCAACAGCGCGAUGAAGACCCCCUUCUUUGUGUAUGAUAUUUCUGAGCCCUUGGCUAUCGAGCCUCAGAAAGCCAUUGAAGGGGAUGACAUCACUCUGACAUGCCAGGCAGCUCGCUUCCUAUACACGACCCUGGAGUGGUUUGAUCCCCAGAAUCACAGAGUCACCUCCAAUGUCUCAAGCCUCCAAUUCCGUCCCUACUCUAUCGUCCUCUCUCUCACACUGCACAACGUGUCUAGGAAUCAUACUACAGGUUACCAGUGCCAGGCUUAUAACCACCAUAGCAAGAAGGUUGUACCCAAAACGUCUACGCUUACUAUAGAUAAGAGGAAACGCCCCUGGCUGAGUCAGAAUCUGACCAAUCAGGUCAUGAACAGCAGCAGCACCCUGACUCUGACCUGCUCCGCCUUGGGAGUGCCCCUUCCCAACAUCACCUGGUACAAAAACAAUGUUCCAGUGGCGGAAGGCCCAGGUAUUACACUUGGAAAAGAUGGCAAUCUGACCAUUGAGCGGGUGAAGAAAGAUGAUGAGGGUUUGUACAAGUGUGUGGCCAGGAACGUCGAUGGCAUGGUGGCAACUAGUGCUGUCAUCACUGUGGUUGGAGAUGAAGGGAAACCAAACAUUGAGGUUAUCAUUCUGGUGUGCACAGGAGCAGCAGCCACCUUCCUCUGGCUCAUGCUCAUCCUCUUCAUCCGCAAGUUGAGGAAGCAACCAGCACACUAUAAAAUGGGGCCAUCCAUCAUCCUUGACCCUGAUGAGUGUCCCCUGGAUGAGCAGAAUGAACUUCUUCAGUAUGACAGCAGCAAAUGGGAGUUUCCCCGUGACCGCUUGCGACUAGGCAAAACUCUUGGGCACGGAGCCUUUGGAAAAGUGGUUGAGGCCUCUGCCUUUGGGAUUGACAAACUCUCCACAUGCAAGACCGUUGCUGUCAAAAUGCUGAAAGGAGGAGCUACAACUAAUGAGCGGAAAGCUCUGAUGUCAGAGUUGAAGAUCCUGAUCCAUAUAGGUCAUCACCUGAACGUGGUCAACCUACUUGGAGCAUGCACUAAGCCAGGAGGACCACUAAUGAUGAUAGUGGAGUUCUGCAAGUAUGGCAAUUUGUCUAACUAUUUAAGAAGCAAGAGAGCCGAUUUUCUCGUCUACAAGAGCCAGGAUGGUAAGGUGGUGUCAUCGGGGCUAGGCUGCGAGUUGAGCGAACUCAUGAAGCGCCGCCUGGAGAGUGUGGCCAGCACCGGAAGCUCUGCAAGCUCCGGCUUCAUCGAAUAUAAGAGCUACUGCGACUCAGAGGACGAGGAGGAAGAGCCUGAAGACUUGUAUAAAAGAGUGCUGACAAUGGAGGAUCUGAUUUGCUAUAGUUUUCAAGUUGCAAAAGGCAUGGAGUUCUUGGCAUCACGCAAGUGCAUCCAUCGUGAUUUGGCUGCAAGAAACAUCCUGCUUUCUGAAAACAACGUUGUAAAGAUAUGUGAUUUUGGACUUGCCAGGGACAUCUACAAAGACCCAGACUACGUGCGCAAAGGAGAUGCCAGACUUCCCCUCAAGUGGAUGGCGCCUGAGGCCAUUUUUGACAAGAUCUACACAACUCAGAGUGAUGUAUGGUCCUUUGGAGUGCUCAUGUGGGAAAUAUUUUCCCUGGGUGCCUCCCCAUAUCCCGGCCUCCAAAUAGACGAAGAGUUUUGUUGCCGACUAAAAGAGGGGACCAGGAUGAGAGCCCCGGAAUAUUCUUCCUCUGAAAUAUAUCAGACCAUGCUGGACUGCUGGCAGGGGGAACCACAGGACCGACCAACCUUCACUGAGCUGGUAGAGAGGUUGGGAGACUUGCUUCAGGUCAGCGUGCAACAGGAGGGGAAGCACUACAUACCCAUCAACACAGCCCUGCUGGCCAAGGUGGGAAACCAGUGCACCACAGAGCCCUUGGAGGAGAUGCCAACACGGCCGGCCUCUCACCGUGACUCGGGGAGCACGUGGAACAUCAAGAUCCGUCCUGCCAGUGUGAAAACCUUUGAUGAAGUUGCUAUAGAGAAUGGGACAAAUGAUAACCAUGAGGGUGGUCAGUCAGACAGUGGGAUGGGUCUGUCUUCUGACGAUAUGAGGACUCUGAAGCGUUUGGAGUCACUGGCAGGCCGGCCCCUCAGUAUCAUGGCUCUGGCGAUGAAGGCAGUGAGUAAGAGCAAAGAGUCUGUGCUGACUGAGGGAGAGAAGGACAAGUACCCACCGCCAGCCCCAGCUCUAGACUUCAGCUUGGAUGACUCAGCCUUGGAGCCAGAUCUGGAGUGUCACAGCCCGCCACCAGACUACAACUAUGUGGUGCGCUAUUCCACCCCGCCUGUGUAGCCCCCCUGACACCCAACCCCAGGAGAAUCUGACUGACAGCCUUAAGGCCUCAGCUUAGUCACCCUUUCCCAUUAAUCUGCCCUUGGACUUCACAGCUAACUUCACAGCUCAUCAUAAAAUGCCCUGUCUUUCUCCAUUUUUAACAACACUUUGUCCUUUUUUCAAGAUUGAAGGCACAAACAUGUGUGAGGUGCUGUUACAUGGCAGCUUUGUUUGAAAAGGACUCUCUUGAGAUGCCUUUCCUUGGCAUCUGCCCGGCUCAAACUUGCAUUAGUCAGCUUCUCAAAAGCCCACUGUGCUGAGAAAGGGAACCUCCAGUCAAACUGCCCACCUCCUAGGAUCUCGUUUUAAAGCUGCUGGUUCCUCCCAUAUCCACUGUGAUAUCCUUUCAAACAGUGAAAGACAGGCGUCUCAGGUAUCUCUGUGAUCUACUGUGAACGAAAACCAAGCACAAGUUUUUUGCUCACAGCGCCCUUGCAGAGAGAAAGUAAUAUGAUGUGAUUGCUACACAAGUUUUUUGCUCACAGCGCCCUUGCAGAGAGAAAGUAAUAUGAUGUGAUUGCUAUUUAAAGAUUUGUCAUUUUAGAACCCAUUUCUCUUCUGUUUCAUUCUACGAUUAAAACAUAAACUACGCUAACUCAGGUUAAGAUAGACACAGGGGAGGGCUCCUUUGUUAUCUAGAGGUAGAUUGGUCUACGCGCCCCACCCACCCCCCACCCUUAAACACAAGGGUCAGUGUGGAAAAUCCCAGGUUGUUGGAUGGAACAGGGUAGAGUUGAGAGUGAAACAACCACACUGCUUAACAUUUAACAGUACAUUUCGACCAUGAAGGCAUUUUAAAUGAGGGGCUAUAUUUGGAUUCGUAGCCCCAUCCUGAUCUCAUCAAGCUAUUGAAAGAAACCUCUGAAAAUCUGUGUAUUUUUGUUGCAGUCAAGUGAAAAGUGGGAAAGUGAGAUGAUACUCCACAGCCACAUGGUUUUGUUUAUUUUCUUGUGUACAAAGCUAGUUAAAAACAUGAACCUCAUAGUAACUGAGUCUCUGAAAGCACUAGCAAAGUAAUUUUUGCAUAUUUAUUUAGAUAAUGUUACAUUGCUUAUUAAUCCAUGUUUUGCAUUUAGAGUCACACUGAAGUGUUAACUAAGGAUUUACCAGCUGCCUCCUCCUGAUAACAACAUGUAAAACUCCAGAUUUAUUUGCUGUUUACGCUGCUGUAUACACUAUAAUUACAUUAUUAAGCUGCAGGAAUCUGCAUUUGCAGGAAUGUGUGUAUGGAAAUACUCUAUUUCUGGUCCUUUGUUUUGCGCUAAUUGUUACCGAGGCUUGCAGGGCAGGCUACAGAAACUCUUACAUGUGUAUGAAGUUAGCACCAGGCUGGUCACUAUAUACUGGUCAUUCUAAGUUAUACUAUCCAUGUUAACACAUGUAUCUUUCAUUAUUCUUCAAAGUUUCACCUUUUCUUUGCAAAAGAGUGGAUAUAAUGGAUGUGCUGUGGAUUGAAGCUUAAUUCCUUUCACUUUACCAGCUUACAGUCCAGCUUGCGGUAUUAAACACAUACCCUAUAGGAGUGUGAAGAGCUUGUGCUUUUUGACCACUAAAUAAAUCCAGUAGUGUCAGCGCACUAUUCAGUGGAUAUAGGGAACUCUGUCUCCAAGGCCUCUCAUAUUGCCAAAUGGUGUUUUGUCAUGUGGACCAAUUGUGGAUUUUUUUUUUCUAGGGGAGGAAAUGAUGCACUGAUUUCUAUCAAAUAUAAGAUUUUGUAUUCUAAGUAUAUAUUAUUUACCAGCAGUGUUGGGGUAACACUUUAUAUAGUACUCAGAUUGCAUUUUGUAAGUAAUUUUAACAUUUUAGUUGUCCAACUCGUGCAACUCAAUAUCUUUACAGAGUAUGUUUUUUAUUGUUUUAUUUUUAUUUGUAUUGUGUCAUGUCAAAUUAUUUCUCAUCAGCCUAUAACAUCAGUUCCAUGCUUUGCUUAACCAGUUUAUGUUCAUUUCUUGUGUCUUAAAUUCCAUCUGUUAUUUAAAUGGGCUGUCAUAUAAUUUAAACCACUGUUAUUACAAUCACAUUAACAUACAAAGUCACCAAUUUAAUUAUGAAGAGCAUUUUAUUUGUAUGGUCCUCUCUUUUUUCUGUAUAACAAGUAUCAACAACACCUUCAACGGCUCAGCCUACCUUUUGUCUAUGAUAACAUAGUGUAAUAGUGUAACAAUUGACAUGUACUGGAGGUAACCUUGUAACUUAACCUGUGUAUUUGAAGAGUUAUGUCCCCCAACACUGUUAUACCCAUGCAUAUGAAGUAAAUAAAUCAAGUAAAUAAAUAAAGAGCUAUAUAUUUGUACUUUACA